CACCCAGCCUACUACCCUCACAGCAUCCACAAAGAGCUUUCUACAUCAAGAGUCUGAUGCUGCUGCUUGUGCUUGAAACCAACUCCGUGGUAUCACCACUUUGGAAAACUGAUUGGCAGCAUCUAUUCCAGAACUGCUCAUGGCUUUCAGUUCCAUGUUAAAGAACAACAGAGACCAUGCAGCAUCCUGGUCUGGUCAGAACUACAGCACAGUGUCUGAAUUCAUCCUCAUCGGCUUCUCCAACUUCCCUCAGCAGCUCCUGCCCUCCUUCUUCCUGCUGUACCUGCUGAUGUACCUGUUCACACUGCUGGGGAACCUGCUCAUCAUGGGCACCAUCUGGAGGGAGCACAGCCUCCACACCCCCAUGUACCUCUUCCUGUGUGCCCUCUCCAUCUCCGAGAUCCUGUUCACUGUUGCGGUCACCCCUCGCAUGCUGGCGGACAUGCUGUCCUCCCACCGCUCCAUCACCUUUGUGGCCUGUGCCAGCCAGAUGUUCUUCUCCUUUACGUUUGGCUUCACCCACUCCUUCCUGCUCAUGAUCAUGGGCUAUGACCGCUACGUGGCCAUCUGCCACCCCCUGCGCUACAACGUGCUCAUGAGCCCCCGUGACUGUGCCCGCCUUGUGUCCUGCUGCUGGGCUGGUGGCUCAGUCAUGGGGAUGAUGCUGACACUGAUAGUUUUUCACCUCAGCUUCUGUGGGUCUAAGGAGAUUCAUCAUUUUGUCUGCCAUGUGCUUUCCCUCUUGAAGUUGGCCUGUGGGAAGGAGACAGCCUCUGUCACCCUGGGUGUGAUCCUGGUCUGUGUCACGGCCCUGCUGGGGUGCUUAUUCCUCAUCAUCCUCUCCUAUGUCUUCAUCGUGGCUGCCAUCUUGAGGAUCCCCUCCACUGAGGGCCGUCACAAGACCUUCUCCACCUGUGUCUCCCACCUCACCAUAGUGGUCGUGCACUACGGUUUUGCCUCCCUCAUCUACCUCAAGCCCAAAGGCUCUCAUUCUAUGGAGAGUAACACGCUCAUGGCCACCACCUAUACGGUCUUCACCCCCUUUCUUAGCCCCAUCAUUUUCAGUCUCAGGAAUAAGGAGCUGAAGAACGCCAUACAGAGAAGCUUCCAUAGAACUUUCCAUCCCCUAAGCUCCUGAUGGCCAGUUUGGUGGUAUGGAAGGUGACAGAUGGUUUGAGUUUAAUAAUUUCUAUCUCUAUAUAACUCCUGUAGUGAUUUAGGUCUGUAAAAUACCCACACUCCAUAGGAGUUUGAUACACUCUAGCUGUUAGUUUUUCUCCAAUUUUCCCCUUCCUGCCAUAGACUCUAUCAUCACAAUCUCUUUUUUUUAACUGGAGUAUAAUGGCUUUAAAAUGUUGUGUUCGUUUAUGCUUUAUAACAAAGAGAAUCAACUGUAUAUAUACAUAUAUCCCCUCCUUUUGAACCUCUGUCCCUCCCACUCCACUUCCUACCCCUCUGGGUUAUCAUAGAGCACCCAGCUGAGGUCCCUAUGCUAUAACAGCAGGUUCCCACUAGUCAACAGUUUUACACAGGAUAGUGUAUAUACGUCAAUCGUAAUCUCCCAUUUCAUCCCAAUCUCCCCUCCCCUCAACUUUGCCCACAUGUCAGUCCUCUAUGUCUGUGUCUCUAUUCCUGCC